GUGAGUGAGUCCCACUAAACUCUGCGCUCCAGAGAAAGCGAAGGACAGCAGCGGGACGGAGCGACACAAGGCUUCAAACGCUGAAAAAGAAAUGAAUGAGUGAAGAGUGAAGAGCGAAGAGAAAGUCGACGGAAUGAGGAAGAAGUUAUGAGCCGAUUUGCGACGAAUUACCGGGGAAGGUGUCCGUGAGCGGAGAAAGCCGACUGAGGGGGGGUGAGACAACAAAGUCACAAGUCCAGUCUGAGUGCAGAGGCAGAGAUCUGAAUCCUCGCCAUGGCUGACGUGCUGGAGAGCGGCGGGGCAGGAGCCGUUGGAGGGGCCAGCGUGGAUUGGCAGAAACGCUGCAUCGCUCUGGAGAUGCAGCUGCUGAGGUUCAGGCUUCAAGCGGGGAAAAUCCGAGAGCUGCUGGCAGAAAAGAUGCAGGAGCUGGAGCAGAGGGUGACAGAGUCCGACCAGCGGGCUGAGAGUGCUGAGAAACAGAUCCAUGUCAUGGAAGAAAAGCUGAAGUCUGCAAACAUACAAACCAGCGAAUCGGAGAGCUCGUUGUAUAAAAAGUAUCAAGACCUGACCAAUCAGGUUCAAGAAAAAGAUGCUGUGAUAAAGAGAUUAGAGAUGCAGCUGGAAAAACAGAUCUUAGUCAGAGCCCAGGAGUCAAAAAUCAUUGAGGAGAAGGCUGCCAAGAUUAAAGACUGGGUCACCUUUAAGCUCAGAGAGAUGGAGCAGGAAAACCAGGAGCUGAAAAUGGCCAACUUGAAGCACACAGAACAAAUAAUGUUGCUACAGGACAAACUCCAAGCUCUCUUAGAGAAACCUACAUCCUCUGGAUCCCCUGCCACCUCCCCUGUAAUGGAUACUCACCUGGUGCCAAAUAGUCCGCUGUUUCCUCCCAGCUGCCCCGGCACUCCACCUGCCCAAGAUGACAGCUGGAGACAGACAGGACCUCGUGGGGCCGCCUCUAAUAUCAAGACCUCGCCAACAGAUGUGAAAAGGUCUCCUGAACAGGCCAGUAAAGGGAUUUGUCUUGGAGACCUUGCAGCCCACAAUGCUCUCUCUCAGGGCAGGAGCAGGGAGGGUCCCAGCAGUCCUGUUUCCAUCAAUGGACCUGAGAUACUAGUCUGCCCAGAGGGUCGGGCAGGGUGCUUGGACAGAGACAACUCCUCAGAUGAGCUCAACAGCAAGUUCCGCUCUCAGUGCCUUCACUCAUCCUCAUCCUCUUCAUCUUCAUCCUCAGCUUACGAGAUGGCCCACGGACCGAGUUCACCAGAGCCCUCCAUUAGAAUAACACCCAAAAGCCCGCUUCUGUCACGCUCCCCCUCCACCAACAACCCAUUUCCGAAUCCUCCACAGCCUCUGGUUAAUCAGUCAGGCACCAGCAUGACGUUACCCAAAGUACGGACUCCGCUCACCCCCAGAGACAGCAUCCAGCUGGUCAAGAAGCACUACAGCCAGCCGCAGCCCAGCCUGGACAGGCUUCACCACCUCAACGUUAACAUCGACAUCAUGACCCCAUCUUCCAACUCCUCCACACUCAAGAGCACCGGCACUGCAACCUCGCCCUUCUCUCAGGUGGUAGAAGAAACGGACAUUGAUGAUGGGCUUUCUGACAGUAUGGAUGGCGUGGUGGAGGGCACCGGAUCAGAGGAACCUUCCCGAGAUGGAGUCUCCUUUGUGGGGCUUGCAGAGGAACUGGAGAGGUUGGAUCCAGAAGUUCUGAAGCCUCCAACACCUCCCUUACAUCGCUUUCCUUCAUGGGAGAGUCGGAUCUAUGCUGUGGCUAAAUCAGGAAUGAGAGUAUCAGAGGCCACUCCUGGAGCCAGGGGCCCUGGACGAGGGUCCAACUUGCCCCAGUAUCCAGCGGCAGGUCCGUUCACCCAGCUGAUCUAUAAGAAUAUUAAUGUACCAGUCUAUACCACACUGAAAGGGAAAGCCACUCAGAUCAGCAGUGUGCCGUUGCCGGAUGAUGACUCUGGAUCUGAGGACGACAGCAGCUCUCUGGCCAGUUUACGAACCUCCAUCCUGAGUCCGGACAAGAAGGGCAGUGUCCCUGGGAGCCCACGUGCUGUCAAGAGAGGUGUAUCUAUGUCAUCCAUCAGCUCAGAGAGUGAUUAUGCGAUUCCUCCCGAUGCUUAUUCCCUGGACAGUGAUUAUUCUGAACCAGAACAUAAAGUCCAGCGGACCUCGUCUUACUCUUGUGAGAGCACUGGACCUGAGAUGCUGGAGAAGUCUGGGUACCUUCUGAAGAUGGGCAGUCAGGUGAAAGCCUGGAAACGUCGCUGGUUCAUCCUGAGGAAUGGAGAGAUCCUCUACUACAAAUCUCCUAGUGACGUGAUCAGGAAACCUCAAGGUCAGAUUGAGCUCAACUCAUCAUGCCGUAUAGUUCGUGGAGAAGGAGCACAGACAUUUCAAUUGAUUACAGAGAAGAAGACCUUCUACCUGACCGCAGAUUCACCUAACAUCCUCGAGGAGUGGAUCAGGGUUCUGCAGAACAUACUCAAAGUCCAGGCCAGCAGCCCGGUAACCGUGGAGACCACUGCCAAGCACACUGUGAGAGGCUGGCUUACAAAGGUCAAACAUGGACACUCUAAGCUGGUGUGGUGUUCUUUGGUUGGAAAAGUCUUCUACUAUUAUCGCAACCAGGAAGACAAGUUGCCUCUGGGUCAGCUGCAGACGCGGGAGGCAUCAGUACAGGAAGUGGAUCGCUCCUGUGACUCAGAUGAGGACUAUGAGGCAGGCAGUCGAGGUUUCCUCUCCUCUCACUGCACUUUAGUGGUCCAGCCAAGAGACCAAAGCCCAACAUACCUGCUCAUCGGCACCAAGCAGGAGAAGGAUACAUGGCUGUAUCACCUGUCUGUGGCAGCCGGCAGCAGUGCAACCUUAAAGGUGGGCACGGAGUACGAGCAGCUCAUUGGUAAACUUCUUGAUGCAGAGGGAGACCCAGAAUCUGCCUUGUGGAAGGGCGAGGCCUUGAGCUUCUGUAAGGAGGGUCUGCGCUCGCCUCUCACCACUCUGCCCUCUGAAGCUCUGCAGACAGAAGCUCUCAAGCUUUUCAAGUCCUGUCAGCUCUUCAUCAACGUGCUGGCUGAGUCUCCAUCUGUCGAUUACCACACCUCGUUGGCACAGAAUGCUUUGCAAGUGUGCCUGACCCACCCAGAGCUGCAGAAUGAAAUGUACUGCCAGCUCAUCAAACAGACUAACCGCCGGACGCCACACAACUACUCCCUCACACAGUGCUGGCAGCUGUUGUCUCUGUGUGUGGCUCUGUUUCUUCCCCAACAACAUUUCCUCUGGUACCUGAGACAGUACCUGCAACGCAAUGCUGACCCAAGGAGCGAGGUGGGGAAGUAUGCAGUGUACUGUCAGAGGUCGGUGGAACGAACGCUGCAGAAUGGAGAGCGGGAGGCCAAACCCUCACGUAUGGAGAUAGUCUCCAUCCUACUGAGGAACCCAUACCACCAUUCACUGCCAUUCAGCAUCCCAGUCCAUUUUAUGAACAACACCUACCAGGUGGUGGGUUUUGACGGCUCGACCACAGUGGAAGAGUUCCUCAACACGCUGAACCAGAGAAUUGGCAUGAGAAAGCCUCAGCUGUCUGGAUUUGCCCUCUUCACUGAUGAUCCAUCUGGCAAAGACCUGGAGCACUGCCUGCAGCCGUCUGCCAAGAUCUGCGAUGUCAUUUCCAAGUGGGAGCAGGCCCUAAAGGAGCUGCACCCUGGGAAAAACGAGGGGACUCGGAUUGUCCGCCUAACAUACAAGAACAGGCUGUGUUUCCGAUCUCAGGUGAAAGGAGAGACGGAGAGAGAGCGCCUCCUUCUGGCUUACCAGGUGAAUGAUGAAGUUCAUCAAGGCAACUUCCCUGUGAACAAAGAGCUGGCUCUUGAGGUGGCUGCCCUCAUGGCACAGGUUGAACAUGGUGAUUUGGAGCGACCAGCUGCCUCCUCUCCCACUGGUUCUCCUCAACCCAAAUCUCAGCUGAUUCUCCUGCAGGCUUUAGAGCGCUUCUACCCCAAACGCUACAAACAGGACUGCAGUUCAGAGCAGCUCAGAGAUCUUACUGAGCGUCUGACCACUAAGUGGUCUAUGCUACGUGGGUGCAGUGCAUCCGAGUGUGUGAGAAUAUACCUAACUGUGGCUCGGAAAUGGCCCCUGUUGGGAGCCAAACUCCUCAGUGCCAAGCCUGUCCCACCCUCCCCUGUUGAGCAGAGCCAGGUGUGGCUGGCAGUCAAUGAGGAUGGAUUGUGUGUGCUGGACUACACAAUGCACACACUGGUCACAUACUCCUACCAGUCUGUGAUUACCUUUGGUGGUUGCUGUGAUGAUUUCAUGGUGGUCACGAGCCAACAGAGGGAGCCUGGAGUUGGGAAGAAGAGCGUGGAGAAGCUGGUUUUUGCUAUGGCUAAACCAAAGAUACUGGAGCUGACUCUGCUCAUGGCCAGCUACAUUAACCACUGGAACCCCAGCCUCCCGUCUGCCUCGCAACAGCCACACGGCCACUGGGAUGUAGACAGCAGGCACUUCCCCACCAUGAACUACACCACCAAGGGCCCCACUCUACUGUGAAUUGUACAAGCAACAAAAACAACAAAGACUGUUUGACUACAGGGAGGCUUGAUGACAACAGUUACCUUUUGUCAGCGUUCAACCGGAGUGCAUAGGGUUGCAUGUCCAGGUUUUUCCAUUUUUACAGAACAGGUACUAUGAGAUUAUUUUUGUGUUUUUGUAAAUGUUUCUUAUGAAGAUUAAGAAUUAGAGGUGUUAGGGUCAGUCUUGUUAGACUGUUUAUUUCUUCUACAAAAGAGUGCUCCAACUCUUAUUUAGGUGUAAGGUCAGUUUCUAAUUCAUUGUUGAAAUUGGAUGUUAUUUUUUAAAUAUUAGUAGUCUGAGGACUGUUUGCCACUUGUCACACUUCUACUCGCUGUGAGAUCCUUUUACUCACUUUCCCACUGCUCAGUCUUGCCUUUUCUUCUGACCUCAGCCUCUUUUCUUUCAUGAAAAACAAAACUGUUACCUUCUGAGUGCUGUGUUGUGUGUCACUGUAUCUAUAAUUAUCACUUUUACUUGACAAUGAACCAGAAUUAAAAUUCAUUUAAGAGGUACUGUGCAAUUAGAAAGGGACUGACAUUGCAUGUGAUGCUACAUAUUCAUAGUUCUUAGUGCUUUAAUGAUCAUAUAAAAAUCCACAUCUUAUAUUACUUUAAUUACCUUUUGGUCUCUUAUAUAAACAAUGGGUAGGACUACUUUUUUCCCCAAAAGAUCUAUUAUCAUUGUAGUGUUACUGAAGUACAACAGUUGUUACAUUAGAAUGAAUUAAAAAAGAUAUGUAGUAGCGAUAUUAGAGUACUGUAUGUGGGAAAAUGUAAGUAGUGGAAUGUGUUCAUUAUCUGACGGUCCUCUAAUGAAAAAUUCCCCUGAAAAUUUCAACACAUGGAACUUUUCAGGUCACUGCUGUCACUCUAUUUUUAAUAACCAGUCUAACAAAAAAAGGAGUGGGCAUUUUUUUAAUAAGAGCUACCAAAAUAUUCUCAAUGACUUGAACUGUUUUGGAUCAAACCACUGUCUUGCUCAUAUAAAAAUAAAUUAGUUAUUUAUUUCCUUCUUUUUUUAUUUUAUUUUUUAUUUUUUAGCAUUCGCUUAAAAAGGUGUUGUUUUCCACAACUGUCACAUUUAAUUAGGAAAACGUAGUUUCUUUAAUGUAGUAGAGUAAUUUAAGAAGAGUAUGUUUGGUACUGUACUAGAGUGUGUUACAAAUGUUUGAAAGAUGUUGUCUUUAUGUUGACUGUACGUUUGUGUGAGACAAUACAAUAAAUGGUACAAUCCU